UUCGGUCGGUGUUUGACGCAGUCUCAAAACUGUCUGGGUGCUAUAAUCUCAUACUCAUUGCUGCUGCUCCACUCUAGCACCCCUGCAUUAGAGCUUGUUUUGGUAUUGUGCUCGGCACUUAGAACCACCUCUAGCGUAUCACCGGAUUAUAUCUAA